AUGUAUGGUGAGUUAGGAGCACAUACGAGUCGGCGGCAACCGCCACUGCAAUCAAGUGAACAACAGACGCAGUUAUCAAUAACUACUCUUGAUAUCAGUAGUAGUAAUGAUAGUAGCUGUACCGGUCCAAAUAGGUCUCAUUUACCUGGCAAUGUGGCACCGGUCUCGACUGGCGCUUCUGUUAUCGUUAGUGCAUGCACUGCUGACGCAAAUGUGUCUUCUAAUGCGACUGGUAGUAUACCCAUCUGUGGUGCACCUGUGCUUGGUGCUGUGUCUUUACGAUACUUAUCGUGGUAUAGUGCUAUGAUUAUAUCCCAAGUGUUCUCCAGGGAGCAAUUGAAUGCUCAGAAACAAGAGCCAUACCCACAGGAGCGGCAUCGAGAGCAUGCGGGCACCAAUUCUGCCUGCGUUGAGGGUUACCCUAGCGCCUCAGGACAGGGCGUUUUGCAGACACAAGAUUUCUUGGCGAGGAGACUACGACCAACCGUACUUCUAUCACUUCCACCAUUUCGUGCGCACUCCCCCGGCACCCCACUCGCGGUAACGGCGAGCGAGUGUACGUCCUUGAUAGACACUUUUGAGAUGUAUUUCUUUCCCCAUUACCUCUUCCAGACUUCUGCUGGAUACUGCGAAGCCAUAUAUGGUAGCUUUGGCGGGGUAAUGGCAACACGAUAUGGGGGACCCAUGACCACCUCGACACGGCUCUGCACUGAGAAUGAACUACGUGAAAUUUUCCAAGCCUUCUUGAAGUUGGGGCAGCAAUGUGCCCGUGAAGCAUUCGAUCCGCCCACUGCUGACUGUCCAACAAGUGAUGACCAUAGGAAUGUUGGGAGAACGGGGGGAAGUACGAGGGCCGGUGUCGGAAGUAGCCCUGAUGCGACCGUAAAGCAAAAGGCAAGCAGCGCGUGUCGAGCUAUGCGACAGUUUAUUCUGAGUCUUGCUUUUAACUGCCCAUGCGCACCGCUGACAUAUGCCGCCAAGUUGAUCCUCGCGGAUGCCUUGUCGCAUGCUGAUGGUUAUUGUGCGCCUCGUGAGAUCUUUUCUCGCGUCUCUCGCGGCUCCACCACGCGAGCUCAUGUGAUGGAGAUUAUUUGUUUUCUAUCAAGACUUCCUGUUUUGCCCACGUCCUUUUCAAAUGCCACACUACCGCGCCGCGCGUCCGCAAGCCCCCAACCUCCUUCCUCUCCAGCGCUACCGAAUAUUGGGUGCACUACGGGGACUGAUUUACGCGUUAAGGAGGCCUCUGGCCAUGCAGAUGUGACAGAAAAUAACCCUAAAUCAGAGGUUUAUGUGUGGGAGUAUCAUCCCUUGAAGUUUCGGUCAGACGACGAAAUUAUUUGGUUUGACCCACAUGUUCGCAUUCAGAGGCUAGAUGAGUGGCUUCGUGGGGAUCAGAAGGCGAUUCGACAGGAUGAAGUACCGAAAUUUGUUUGUGCGCGAACCCCAUGUGCGAUGGUGCUCCCCACUAUCGAGCGCGUGAUUAUGAAGGACAAUGGCGAUGGCGAAGAAAAGGUUCUUUUAGAGCGUGUACUGCGUCGAAUCGUUGCGGAGAUGACUUCUUGUAGGGAAAGAGAUAUACACACUAGUAGCAUGCGGACUUCUAGACGAAGAAGGCAGGGCGGGGGUAGCACUGAAGGCACUGAUACGCCAAGUCCAAGGAGCGGCACGAGUGCAGGUGGUUCUAGAGAAAUAGCAUUUCCUCAACAGAGCAAAAACUGUCGUGAGCACGCCAUUGACUCUGGUGGUGGCGUCAGCAAGGAGUUUCAGAAUAUCGCGCGUCAACGACAGCGACAGCGACAGCUUCUGGUAGCACUGAGCCACUCUCACAUCUUCGUGCCACAAUCCACUAGCUUGCUGAGGAACGAAAUUUUAUAUAGCGUAUUCACAGAAACAGGUGAUUGCCCUGCCUACUAUCACUUACUGUCGCUUUACCCAGACUUAUUGCGUGCACAUCAUGCCUCAAUGCGGUAUGUGUUCUUCGACGACGGUCCUCUUCCCUUGGAUGAGCGGUUAAUGCUUGCGAUCAUGGUGGCGAGUAGACAUCAAUGCGAGUACCUUGUAUGCCGUUAUGCAGCCCUUCUUAUGCACUAUCCACAGUCGGCAGGACUCACUGUUGAGGCGGUCAAGGAAUGCUGUGAUGACUCGCGUGCGGAGUUUUUUCGAUCAACGGAUGCAUUAGCAGAAUCUUCUUCUACAUGGGGGAGUGAACAGUGGCUACUGCACGGCCCUCCACCACGUCUGCGCGUUGUACAGCACUUUAUCGCUCUCGCUGCCCAUACACCAUGGUUACUAAGCGAGGACGACGUUCGUGCAGUUCUUCGAGCUGGGUGGACCGUGCCUGAAGUGUUUCAGUUGACUGCCAUUAUCUCGCACGUGCUUUCAUUGAGCUCCUUUGUGCAGGGUCUCUUCGUGCCUACGGAGACGUGGACGUGGUCGAUGUUGCCAUCGGAGAUGCUCGAUGACCUACAACGUCAUGCGGAGAAAGUUAGUACCUGCCAUGCUGCAUUGACUAAUUCUUGUAUUCCGUCUUUUGGUGAGUCAUCAGAAUCAAAUGAAAUGAUAUUUACGGAUUCAUUAGCUUGUUUAGCUGCUGCAACCCCCGCUGAGGAGCGAAUUCACGCCCUUAGGUCUAUGCAUGAUGCUGAUUCAUGCAUCUUCAGACGGUAUGCCGGUGAGGCGGAUAUCGUCAGCAAGCAGCGCAUUAGAUCAACCUAUAACAGCGACAACUUGCACACGCUGAGACGCAGCCAGUUCUGUUGGCAGGAUGUUGGGACGACCUCCAUGGAGCACUACUACCCCGGGGCGGCGGCGCUGCUGAGCGAGGAAAUUGAGUCCUUCACAGAUGUUGUGCGGCAGCUCACGGAGACGGACUGUGCUAGCUUAAAGAAUUUAGGCUUCACUCCGGCCUACGCAUUUCGCUCCUUGCAGCUUUAUGUCAUCAACCUCCUUGGCUUUAUGCUGGAGGACUACCCCUACAAUGAUAUCAAUAAAGUGCUACGUCGACCAGCGAAAUGGUAUGCACAGGCUCUGACCGUGCGUCCAGAGGCGCUUACUCUAGAGGAGGUGAUGCUUUGGCGUUUAUCCCCUCAAUCGGGACUGCGCACCUCUGGCCCGGUGGGGGCUGAAAGCGGGAAAAUCACCCUCACCGGCUGCUAUGGAUGGAUCCUUCCACGCGCCUCCGCCGCCGUCAUCGCCUCUCAGCGCAUGAAGCAGGAGACGGAUCUACUGGCUGCACAGUGCAAUCACCCCACCCAACCGCUGGAGCUGCCGCUGGCUUGGGUGCACCGUUCGACUUGUGGAAACAGAGAAUUGAAAGGGGGCGACGGAUCCAGUGUUAUGUCGUCCGCGACGGACCCAGUCGAUCUACAGUCGCAGGAGGAGGAAAACGCGAAAGCGCUGGACAUCGGCCUUGCCCUGCAGGACGAACGGGUACUGCUCCUUAUGGCGAUGGCAACCAUGAUGGCUCGAAAAGAAGCUUUAUUGCACCUGUUGCUCCAUCCACUCUGUGCGGUUCUUAGUAAAAUGUAA